UAAAAUAAAGUAAAAACAUUUAUUUGCCUAAAAACAUAAAAAUUGUGUAACACAAAAUAACAGAAACAAAAACAGAUUCAAAAUAAAUAAUAAGAUAACCAAUUUUUAAAAUAAUUCACAUUCCAAUAUAUCUUCUUCAAAAUUCUGGUAAUAAAAUACAUAAAAAAGUUCAAUUUUUAUCUUAAAAACCAUGCACAUAAUAUUUCUAUGCCUUUACCACCAGGAGAACCCGUACUACUCCAGUAGAUGAUUUUAAAUGUGUCUCAUCACAAUACAGAAUAACUCCAGAAAAUAGUGAUGCUGUUGGGGAGGACCCAGGCAAAUGUUGACGGUAAUUAGCAUGGGAGUCCCAUGAACGAACAGUUACUGCUGGAGAUUCACAAUCAGCUAUUCCAGCAACACCAGUUUGACUGCCUGCUAUCUCAAAGUCCUGAAUAUCUUCGGGACGGUAAUUUGCUGGCUCCAGGUCGCGGAUUUCUUCAAGAAGAACCUCAAUUUCAUCAGCGCCAUAGAGGUCAGACACUGAGUUGAUAUACCGCCCCGGCUCUGACUGCAUGGCACCACUACACACACUUCCCACCCUCACCACCCAUACCCAUUAACUCCAGAAGUUCGUUUCCAAUGGAAUGAUGCCACACCUCAAAAUUGUAAGAGAGCACAUUCUCAAAAGUUAGGAAAUAACAUUUUAUUAAUCCUGGUUUCAGCUCGAUUCACCAAGAGUGCUGGAGACGUACUCUAAUAACCAAUUAUUUUUCCUAUUCAGGCCAAUAAACGUACGUCACAAAGCACCCUCCAUUAAAACGAAAAACAAUUUUCCAUAUGCUUUAUACUCCUGGGCAGAAUUCCACAUAUGAAUGAAGGAAACCUCGCGCAAUAACACUAUUUAAUCCUCUCCGGUACCUUAACCCACACGAUCAUUUCGUCGGAAUAUUAAUCUACACGUACCAUUCAAAUCGCAAUGAAAACAUCGCAUACUAGAAUUAAACUGCGAUAAAAUUAUUCCACCGUUCCUGAGACUAUUUAGCGUACUGUGAAUAUGAAUUAGAGCACUUUCCUAUUUUGCUAAGGUCUCUCUGAUAACAGCAGUCCGCCAUGUUUACUAAAUAAUAGUCGAAGCCCGACGUUUUUGUCAUUUCCGCUGAAAAUCAACAUUCAUUCUGCGACUACCUUCUUUUCAAUUAUAGUAACAACCCUCAUUCAAAAUAGUUUCGGAAUAACGGACUGCAGUGUCAUUGUGGUCUACGUAAGCAACAUAUCAAAGCUAGUAUCUUCUAUGCAACCGCAAGUUCUGAAAUAACAAUUGCUUUUCUGAGGUCGCAGUAUACUGCGUUUCUUAUUUUUAGAUUAAUAAAAUGUUUAAUCCGCAUUAAUACAAUGUUUCUUCAUUGAACUCAAACGUAUAAGCUCAUGCAAGUAAAAGAUGACAGCAAUGCGACGCGCUCACAAUGCGGGAAGAAUCGCAGGAUAGCGACCAGUUCGGCACUGGUUGGACGGUGGUUCCAGGUUGGUUCGACAGUGGUAUAUACAGCGUGCGUGCGUGCGUGGAUAUGAGUCAGGUGUCAGUGUGUGCGUGUGGAACUGUCAUAUGACAGUGCUGAUGGAACGGGUGAUCGUAGCGGCUUGUUGCCGAAUUCAAAAUUUGUUAAAACGCUAUUAGAUCAUGAUGUCAGAACGCGAUUAUGCCCCAUUAAGUUCAGCAUGCGUUCGUGCACUGAACGACAAGUUGUACGAUAAACGCAAAGCAGCCGCACUUGAAAUAGAAAAAAUGGUUAAAGAAUUUGCAGCAACCAAUAAUAUUAUUCAAAUCAAAAGACUUUUGAAAGUUUUAGGACAAGAUUUUGCCACAUCACAAAAUCCACAUACUAGAAAGGGUGGAUUGAUAGGUUUGGCGGCUAUUGCUGUAGCUUUAGGAAAGGACACAUCUCUAUAUACAGCAGAAUUAAUUCAUCCCAUUUUGGCAUGUUUUUGCGAUUCUGAUCUAAGAGUUCGCUACUAUGCCUGCGAAUCUCUAUAUAAUGUGGUUAAGGUUGCCAGAGGUUCUGUCCUUGUACAUUUUACAGAUAUUUUUAGUGCAUUAAGCAAACUGGCAGCUGAUCCUGAUCAGAAUGUAAAAAAUGGUUCAGAACUACUUGACAGAUUAAUGAAGGAUAUUGUGACUGAAAGUUCUACUUUUGACCUUGUAUCUUUCAUGCCACUUCUUCGAGAACGAAUCUAUACAAAAAAUACUUUUGCUCGUCAGUUCAUUAUAUCGUGGGUAUCUGUUUUGGAUGCUGUACCAGAUAUAGAUCUCAUUUUAUUUCUACCAGAAGUCCUUGAUGGUUUAUUUAGAAUACUAGAGGAUCCUACUUUAGAAAUUAAAAAAAUGUGUGAUACUGUAUUGGGCGAGUUUUUGCGAAGCAUAAAAAGUGAUCCAUCAAGAGUAGAUUUUGCUGGUAUGAUAAAUAUACUAACCACACACGCUCAAGCUACUGAUGAACUUUUACAGUUCACAGCUUUAACUUGGAUAAAAGAAUUUGUUAAUUUAUCUGGGAGAAGGAUGUUGCCUUUUGCAUCAGGCAUCUUGACAGCAGUUUUGCCCUGUUUAUCAUAUGACAACGAAUCAAGAAAAAAUAUCAAAGAAACUGCUAAAGUAGUCAAUGUUGAUUUUAUGAAGUUGAUUUCAUCAGAUGAUGAUAACUUUGAGCUACCAAAUCAGCCUUCUGAAACACCCAUUGAAGGCAAUAUUCUGGAAAACAAAUUGGAUGUUCCAUCAUUGGUAGAUGUUUUAACGAAACAUAUGCUUCAUACAUCUGUUCCUACAAAAGUUGCUGUCCUGCAAUGGAUUCAUCACUUAUGUAUUAAAAUUCCAAAUAAAAUGUUCUGCCACAUAGAUGAACUUUUUCCGGUAUUGCUGAAAGUUUUAUCAGACACAUCAGAUGAAGUGGUUCAACAGGCGUUAGUAGUUCUUGCCGAAAUUAUUUCUUCUCCUGCUGGGCGCAACAAGAAACCAGAUAGUAUAUUACCAAGCAACACUGACAAGCAGUUCUUAGAAGAUCGAGGAUCUUUUAUUAUAAGGCAAUUGUGUGUGCUUCUUAAUUCAGAAGAUAUAUACAAAACAUUGGCUGAAAUUUUAAGGCAUGAAGAAAAUUUGAAAUUUGCUAGUACCAUGGUCCAAACUCUUAAUACAAUUCUGUUGACAUCAUCAGAGUUGUUUGAGUUGAGGACCAAGCUCAAGGAUGACAAAACUGAAGAAAGUUGUCAGCUAUUUAGAUCACUUUAUGAAUCAUGGUCUCACAACCCUGUUGCAACAGUUGCUUUGUGUCUUUUGACACAAAAUUAUACUCACGUGUGUGAGUUAAUACGUAUUUUUGGAAGUUUAGAAGUUACUGUGGAAUUUCUAGUGGAACUAGAUAAGUUGGUACAGCUGAUUGAAUCUCCUAUUUUCACGUAUCUUCGUUUGGAAUUACUGGAAGUGCCUCACUGUAUGUCUCUAGUCCAAGCAUUGUAUGGAAUUUUGAUGCUGUUGCCUCAGACGGAAGCAUUCCACACAUUAAGGCAGCGACUUGAUUGUAUUCCAAGUUUGCAUCUUCAGUAUUUCAGCACGAAACUUAAUGUCAAGAAAGAUGAAACAAACAAGUUUGAGAAUAAUAUUGACUUCAAAGAACUCCUGCAGCAUUUUGUGAAUAUUCAAGAAAAACAUAAACAUUAUAAACAUGCUAUACGAACAGCUGCGAUGCUUGAGAAGGGUAUUGCAAAUUUAGAUACUUAGUAAAGUAAUACCUUCUAACGUACUUCAGUGUGCUUUUGCAUCGAGUUAUAAAGUUGUUGGUAAGAACUUAAAGAUGCAAAUUUUCUUCCAAGUAAAUUGAAAAAAAAAAUUUGAGAUGGUUGCAUUACCGCAAUGUGUUAAUGUUGAAAACUUCAUUAACGCUUUGUUCUUGGAUAUCACGAAAUGACCAAGUAUAAAAAUUCUUUGCAAUUUUUGUUUUAUUACCCAUUAUAAAAUAUGGACCAAUGUAUGUUACGUGUUAGUUAUGGACAAUUACUCUGCUUUGGGGAAAAUGAAGGAAAUUCAGUUUAAUGAGCCAUUUGUACUCUCUGGUACUUGUUGCAUUCACUCUUUUUGGCACAGAACUGCAACAAAGCCAGUAUUAACAAAAAGAACACUGCCUUUGAAGUAUUAUAACUGUCUAGUACAGAAGAAACUUCAUUAUUUUUUGUACUUAUAAAUACUGCUUUUUUAAAGCCUUUCAACCUUUCUUUGUCUUAAAGAUAGACAUAAGUGUCUGUAUUUGCUUUUCUUGUACUUUAAUUGGAAACCAACUUCCAUCUGUGAUCAAACAAUUUAGUCAAGAAAAUAGCUUUCUGUUGCAAACAUGAAAAUACAUUUUCAGUACAAACAUUAUAUAUUUGCUAUUAACAAUAAGUCAUUGAUAGUUUGAUAAUGGAUAUAGCAUUAAGAAUGUUAAAGCUCUGUGAAUGAAAACUGUUAUGAAAAGAACAAAUAAAUUCCAUGCAAAAUACUGACCUUGUUCUGGCAAUUUCUUCAUUGAAGAAAAAUCAUGAACGUGAUGAAAUCAGUGUUAAGUCUAUCUCUGUGAUAAUUGAAUGUCCGUUGAAGAUGCAAUAUUCCAAGUACAGCAUACAGCUGUAUUUGCCAUAGGUUCCAAUAUGUAUAAAUUUCAACAAAGUGCAAUCUGUUUUGACAUUAGAGAAAAACGUGAGGUUACAACCAAAAUGACUUUUAGAUCAGUGAAAAUAUGAACCUAUGCUUCCAAAUAAAGUCCUGUCAGUGCAAUAUUGUAGUAGUACGAAACAAUAAAUAUUAUGUAUUGUACUAUUUUAUUUUGAUUUACUCCUUUGUGAUUUUAACAAGAUCUUAUGGUAGGCUUACAAAAUAUACCAUGUCUGAGAGUAAUUGUUCUUUUUUUGGCAACCGCAUGCCACCUUUCAAGACAGCCGUGCCUCGCACAUCAAGGCAGGAGAAGAGGCGAUCAUCGGGUCAUAUCUGCAGCAACUUUCCUAUUUCCCAUUCAAGAGCUUAGGCAGGCAGGUACACGGUUCACACUCCGCAAGCUUUUCGAGCUGCGCAGAGAUAUGAGCAAGAAACAAAACAUCUCUUUUGGUGAUUGUCCAGUAUGCUUAAG